AUGAAUAAACACAGUAUUUUUGCACCGUUCCAAAAUCAAAUAUUACAGGAGAAAUUCCAUGAAUUUGAAAAAAAUGAUGCAUAUAUGUGUGUAUGCAAAACAUUCAUUCGUUGGUUGGAUCGCCAUAUCUUUGAGUUAUUUAUCGAAGGCCUGAGAAAAACCAAAAUAGUGCGGGAAGCAGAAGAUGAAGGUAUCUUGCUGCAUAAUCCGGAAAUUUUAGCGCGAACCACUUCUGCGGGGAUUGACAGCCCUCGAGAGAAAAAAGAUUCAUUCUGUGAACUGCCGGACGAAAAAGUGCCAUUUUCGCUUGAUGAAGAUGUAGAAGGACAGAAUGCACUGGAUGUUGAAACAUCUUCUGGUAUUUUGGCCGAAACUAAUCCCGCUAAGGAGCGCAGCGGCGCUAUGAUCUGA